AUGUUCUGCUUAAAGGUGCGCACACACGUAGCGCGCGGGCGGCACGAGCUGGCGGCGCGCCUGCUGCUGCGCACCGUCGACGAGAUCGACUUCUUCCCCACGCUGCAACACCAAGUGUCGAUCCUGACGUCGGCCGUGAUCGAGUGCGGGCGCGCCGGCCUCAAGCACGCCGCGCUGCGCUGCGCGCGCACGCUCAUGCGCCCCGAGUACCGCGACCAGAUAGACCCCAAGUACGCCAAGAAGAUCGAGUCGGUGGUGCGGCACGGCGCGCGCGGGCCGCCGCCGCCCGCGCCCGCCGCGCCCUGCCCGCGCUGCGGCGCCGCCGUGCCGCGCGCGCUGCUGCACUGCGCGCGCUGCGAGGCCGACCUGCCCUUCUGCCUCGCCACCGGUAUGCACAUUGUUAAAGAUGAUCUCACAGCGUGUCCGGAAUGCGACUUCCCCGCUAUUUAUUCUGAAUUUAAAGAAAUUCUACGGGACGAAGGCAAGUGUCCGAUGUGCGGUGAAAACGUGGAUUAUCGCAGACUCGUUAAAAUAGACGAUGUAGCUUUAUAUUUGGACUUUAAGAGCGGGGAA